AUUUUUUGUUUUUUAAAAGUUAGUUUUAGUUGGUUUUAUUUGCAUUUUAUUAAUUAUUCAUUUAUAUGAUAUGGAUACGAAUUCUGACGAAGUUAAAUGCAAGAAUUCGGAAGAAGAAUCAAAGUUGGUGAAAUCUGAGCUGUGUGGGCCAGGUACUGGCACUCCAUCGAUUUGGGCUUGUUUAAUAGUUACCAUAAUUACCGCCGUGCUUAGCAACUUGGCUGUGGAUUGGACAAAAUCGAAAUAUUUGCUAGAAGCAACAAAAUCUGAUAUACAACCACCGAAAUAUGCCAUAUUUCUACAUGAUUCCGAUGAUAAACACUUGAGACAUGUGAUAGAAGGUUUGAACCAGUUUGGUUACGAAAGAGUUGGAGUUAAUGACAGCUGGGAUUUGCUUUGGGCACACGAUUAUCCCUUCAGUACGCUUCCAAAGCUAAAGAAUCUCGAGAGCCAUCGGCUUGUGAAUCAUUUUCCAGGCUGUGGUUUUUUAACAAAUAAGGUUGAUCUAUGCACCAGCGAGCUGCCAUUUCUGCCGCGUGCCUUUCGACUACCCGAACAGAAAGAAGCCUUUUUGGACUACGCCGAGAAGCAUCCCGAGACAUUGUAUGUCCAGAAACACAAUCAGCAUCGUCAUAUUAAAAUACGGUCACCCAAGGAGAUAGGUCUAUGGGCGAAUGAUUCGUUUGUCCAAGAGUUCAUCCAACGACCCUUCUUGGUCGAUGGGCAUAAGUUUGAUAUCGGUGUAUAUGUCGUAAUUACCUCCAUAAAUCCAGUGCGGGUCUACAUAUAUACGGGAGAUGUCUUGUUUCGGUAUUGCCCCACAAAGUAUUAUCCAUUCGAUCCCGAGGAUGUGGACAAGUACAUCGUAGGCGAUGAUUAUUUGCCAACAUGGGAAGUGCCGUCAUUAAGGAAAUACUACAAUCGAUUUGGUGGCAGCAUGCGUUCCGCAUUUGAGGCAUAUGUACGCGAUCAGUCCUUGGAUCCCUCCAAAAUAUGGCCACAAGUGGAACACAUUAUACGGACAACAAUUUUAGCCAAGGAAAAGGACAUCACUGGCAUACUAAGAAACUAUAAAACGCAUAACUUUUUUGAUUUGAUGCGUUUCGAUUUGUUUAUUGAUGAGGAUCUUAAUGUUCGUCUCAUGGAAGCGAAUAUGUCGCCAAAUCUAUCAUCGGCACAUUUUAAGCCCAACUCACUUCUGUAUAAGCAAUUAUUAAAUAGUGUAUUUAAUUUGGUGGGAAUUCGUCCCUGGAGUGCCCCAGGUGAAACAAUGUUUUCCCAAGCCACAGAAAUUAUAACUGCCGAUAAGAAUUUGGCUACUGACCUAAAUCAAUGUGUCAGUAACGAUUGUGAUAAGUCGUGCAACAAAGAGGAAUGCAGUCUUUGUUUGCUUUGUCUUCGAGGAUCGGAGUACCAGCUGCUUCAAAAGUCACACCAGGAACACUUGCAUCGUGUCGACAUGAAGCGCAUCAUUCCACAGCCAAUCCUUGAUUUCACAACAUUUGACAUAAAUGAAGAAACUAAAAACUUGUCCAGCAAGAACGCAUGGUUGACCCGAUGGUUUUAUAAUAAAUGUGAAUAUGAUCCAACCUGGUGUACAUAAAUUCUUAGAUAUUUUAAACCAACAUUCUUUGCUUUGAGGCUUUUUUAUGAUUUGUGUAUUGACCAGUGCCUUAAAAGAAAUGUUCAAAAAGUAUUUUUUUAAAUCACAUUUCCAUGUAUAAUAAACCAUUCUUCAAAUUUUGAACUUGUUUUUUACCAGA